GAAAGAAUAUGUUUUUUUUUGUAUCUUUUUGGUUUCUUUUAAUUAACUUUUUUUUCUUGAUGUUACUUUGUUGUUGUUUUUUUUUUGUUUUUUUUUUGUUUUUUUUGUUUGUUUUUUUCGCGUUUAAGGAAGGUCAGUGAGAUUAUUGACGACAUGAAAACAUAAAAAUGCAUAUAAUUUAUCUUUAAAUCGGCGUAAGCAGAUUAUAUAUAGACUAUGAAGACUGUAAAAUACCAUAGUCUAUAGAAAUAUACCUUGAACAAAAGAAUAAAACAAUCGCUUCCAGACCUAUAUGGUCUGGAAGCGGUUGUUUUAUUCUUUUGUUUUCCGAGUUUUUCAAAAAAAGUCACGUGAUCAAUGUAAUUACAAAACAAAGAUUUAAAUGGCUAACGCUUUAAGUUACUCUCAACAAAAUACAGUAGAAAUCUUAGUUGAUUUCUUAAAUAGCGAUGAUUUUGAUGAAGAAAUUAAAACAGAAAUUGAAGCCACAAGUUCAGAGAUUUCUGACCAAAUUAAUGAACUUGUCUUCAAUGUUCAAAGUCAUAUAAAACUAAAGGAGGUCUCAAGACAUAUACGAUCAAAACAUGUAAACAAAGAAGAUGAAAUUUCUUGUAUCAGCAUUGAAGAUAUUGAUUCAUUAAUUGCACAUGCUAAAAAAAAUAUAUUAAAUACAUCGUAUUAUCCUAAUGACUUAACCUAUAAAAAAUUAUAAUUUAGUUGUAACUGAUCAGUGUUAUGCUGAGAGUAAAAAGUAUUUUUUUAAACUUUUAUUUUGUAAGUCUGGUGAUGUAGAAAGAUAUUAUUCUAAAAUAUAUGCAGAAUUUGUUCUUGGAGCAGAA